AUGAGCGAUAGUGAUUCCUAUGAGCCGGAUGACUCCGCAUCCGAGUGGGAGUCCGACUCCGACUCCGACCUCAAUGAUGGCGCGCCUGUGAUCCGGUCGAUCGAGCGGAAAACGCGCUCCUCUUCUCGCGCGGUUUCUCUUUCAGUCAAAGAUGAAGAAGAAGAUCUCUCGACCUUCGAUUUUGCCGAAUAUGCCGACGACGAUAUGAACACAGACGCUCGCCAGGACCGAGUCCGCUCGCUUCAAGCUCGCCUUCAAUCUAUUCCCCUCGAAGCUUUGAACGCCUAUAAUGGCCUGCUAGUUGAGAUGGAGAAGGACGUUGAAUUGAAAAACAUGAACGAGCACCCGGAACUUCUCACUGUUGAGCAACGCCAUGCUGUCGUUUGGACGGCCACAGAAAAGGAAUUGUUCUUCAACAUGCUCGAUCGCAAGGGUAAGAACGGCAUUAAGGAGAUUGCCGCAGCAAUCCCUGAAAAGUCGGAACUGGAAGUGAUGCACUACAUUGACUGCCUCCACGAAGGCCUGGUGAAACAACAUGUCGAUAACGAGCAAAACGCUACACUCCUCAUGGGUGAUUAUCCUGGCGCCGCCGAAGUCAGCAAGGAAUGCGAGAAAAAGCUGGAAGAAAUCGCCGAUAUAAUGUGUCUGAAAGCAGAAGCUGAGAACUCGUGGGCUUCCAGAGACCGAUACCACAAAUAUGGCAUUAUCACCGAGGCCACAGCCAAAGGACUCUGUAAAGAUGAUGAAGUCUGCCCACCUUUACACGGCGGCAUAGACAAAGCUCUAAAUAUUCUCAAUGUGCCUGUCUGGCUUCAACUCUCUCGCAAGCUGUUCAUGAACCUGGGCGGCAAAAGGAUUGAAGACAACUGGAUCUAUCACCAGAGUUUUUCUGCCGAGUCACCCUCCAUGACAGGCGAUGCCCUCAUGGACUUUUACGCAUUGACCAUGAGCAUCACACGGCGCUUGAUUCAGUCUUCGCUCUUCUUCUCUAUGGCACGAAUUUCUGCUAUGGAGCAGAUGGGUGAGGAGAUCGACGAUGAGAUUGAGACGGUUCGAACAAGAGAUGUGAGGGCUGCCAUUGAAACAUUGAAUAUGAAGUACGAUCGGGGCAAUAUGCUAGUCGACUUUGCACGGCGAAACGGCAUUCUGAUCAAAGACAUUCAAAAUAAGAAGGGAUGGAAGCCGCAAGUUCUCGAUUACGAUUAUGUAGAAGAGCUUCUUACUCUCGACGAUGACGAGUAUGACGAGUACGAGGACUCUGGAUCAGCUUAUUCUGAGGGCGAGUUUGAAAAUGAAGAUGAUAAUUAUAAUGGAGGGGACGAAGAAGAAGACGAGGUACAGGGUCAGAAAGAUCAAGAUCGCACGUCUGAACCUAAACCCUACACCGAACAUCAAAACUCAUCGGAAUCUGCAGCGACAACAGAGAAUAUGAAAGAAAAAGCUCAACCCAAAACUACAGCUGAAGGAACAAUCAAGACCCCUACAGAACAACCACAGCUGCAACCCCAUCAGCAAGUCAAUACCAGAUCCCGCCGGUACUCCGAAGGUUCCUACCAGUCCGAAGAAAUCGAAGGAGAAGAAGGAGAAGCCGCAGCGGCCGCAGCAGCCAUCGCAGCAGCAGCAGAAGACCAACCCUCGGACGCCGAAGAAGUCCAUGCCGAACGCAUCAACCAAGAAUACGAUCGCCGCUCAGAACUCCACCUAUGGCAAACUCUACAACAACCCAUCCCACCACUCCUGUCCAACCCUAUCGUCGCCGAAGAAGACAUGGGCGAGAACUCAAAAGACCGACCUCUCAUCCGUCGCAGACGAGAGAGGAAAUGA